AUGUCUACCUUCAGUUCCGUCGUCCGGAAACCUGGGCAGAAGAUCGCACCCAAGGCAGCCCCUCGACGGAAUGUACAGAGGAAUCCACCGAGACCUACGGCGGCGCCGUCAUUGACCCCGGAGAGUCAGGCAGUGACAGAGAAGGAGGCUGUACCUGGGGAUCAAAGUGUGGCGGAGAAGCAGCCCUCAACUGAGAACCUACCGGUCGCCGAAAUCCAGACCGUGACGCCUAGCAUUGAGGAUGUUCACAAGGGUCUGCCAGCCCAGGAAGGAGCCCAGACUGGCGAGAAAGUCUCUGCCCAGGCGCAGCAAAGAACCGAUCAAGAAACCAAUCGGGCGCAGCAAGCCAAUGACCAGGAAGUCAAUCGGGCCCCGCCAGUCCUCGAGUCGACAGAAAUUCCCCCGGUCUCAGCUGCAGUCGAAACGUCUGUGCCACUUGCUGCUUCCCCCGAGCCCGUUGCCAGAUCUUCCCCGCAGAUCGGAAGUCAAGCCACGCCGCCGGACUCUGUUCAAGUCUUGCCUCCGAGCAUUGUCAGUCAAGAUGCUACCAUCAUCCAUCCUGUGCAUACAAGCCCCAGUCCCAGACGGGUUGAUGCUAUCCCUACGGUCGCGCCCUCCGGUACUCCCACUCCUCAAAAGAGAAGAUUAACCAAUGAACUUACACCAGUCCGGUCAGAAGAAUCUACUCAAGAUGUAGACGGCGGCGCUGAAGAGCAUGCCCAUGCCCCAGAACCCUCGCCUAAGCGACAGAAGACUUCACACCCCCAGCAGCAUACAAGUCCCAGGUGUGAUGGCGGUAUCCCUAUGAUUGCGCCCUCAGGGGCUCCCACUGUGCAUAGGAGAAGAUUGACAAAUGAACCUACACCGGUCCGGUCAGAAGACUCGACCCAAGCUGGAGAUGGCGGCGCUGAAGAACAGGCCCAUUCCCCGGAACCCUCGCCCAAGAGACAGAAAACUUCACACCCCCAGCAGCAUACCGCUCCGACGCGAACUAGUGUCACACCACCUCCAACAGACAGCCUUCAGAACAUACUCAGGAGCAGUCCGCGACACCGACGUAGUGAGUCACGGACGUCUGACGUGUUGUUGCAAGAUGCAACCAGUCAGGCAGCCGCAGUGUCGGAACUGGCAAACUCGAUCGAAAAUAGGGUGAGAGAAACCAGGUCUCGUGCGGCACGUCCUGCAGCUGCUUCCAUGGUCGAAACAGACUCGCCGGAUGAGCAGGUGAGUGAGCCGGAUGUUAAUGAAGCGAGGAAAGCCAAAAAGCCCCGAAAAAAGCGAGCGCGAAACGCGGCCCUCGAAGGCCUUGCCGACCAAGUUGUGGAAAACGCGGUGACCGGUGGCAAGCGCGGAGGCAGUCGUCGGUUGUCACGGUUGCCUACGCCGGAAAAUGCCGAAGAACACGAGGUUGAUCCGGACGAAGUUUCCAUGGGUGAUCUGGUGAGAGACAAUAAGCUUGGGAAAAAGUCGGAAACAGAAAAGAGGAUGCAGGAGAACUGGGAAGAUAUUCUGCGACGGAGAAAGGAGGAGAUUGAACGGCGCAGAGAGGCUGCCGGGCAGAGAAGACAUGGAAGACAAGAACUCAACUUGAAUCAGGCCGCCGAAGAAUCAGGGCGAGCGCAUGUGCCUCAGCAAAUCAUUGUCAAUGGCCAGAUUGUUGUCGCAGCGGAGUCGCGAGAAGUUGCGUUCGGCGCGGGCGUAGAACAGGCAGUCAUAGAAGAUGCCGACGUUGCGCUUGAAGACGAUCGCAUCUACAAAUACGUUCACCAGGGGACCUUGGGCAAGCACGCAGGCCGUCGCCGAGGGACCCGCUGGGACGAUGUUUCAACUGAACUGUUCUACAAAGGCUUACGCAUGUUUGGCACUGAUUUCAGCUUGAUCGCGAACCUUUUCCCGGGAAUGGAUCGAAGACAGAUUAAGCUCAAAUUCGUCGCUGAGCAACGGAUCAAUCCUGCUCGGGUGGAACGAUCGGUAGCAACAAAAGAACCGGUGGACAUCGAGGAAUAUGCAAGAAUGACCAACCAGGAAUUCCAAGAUCCGGAUGCCCUUCAGGCAGAGCUGGACGCGGAAGAAAAGAGGUUGAGGGACGAGGAGGAACGCCGACGCGCGAAUCAGGGAUAUGUUGAUGGUGCCGACGUAGCCCUGCCAUCGACGGAAGGGGACGGCGAUGGAGUUGGCGAGGACGGGCGAGAGGCGCAUUUGGCAUCUUUGGCCCAGGGAGUCGUCAAUGCAGCUGGUAGGAAGCAGGGUCAAGUACGCCGGGGCAAGGAGCCUCUCGGACGUGGAAGACAGGCUAAGAAGAAGGGAAUGCCCAUGGAGGGCGUGGAGGAGAGGAUCGGUCCCAUCGAGGAAGUUUAUGGAACUUGA